GCGUCGGAGGAUGAGAAGAUCUCGGCCGUCCAAGCUAGGGGUCGCUUAUAAACACGCAUCCUAGACUAAAGGCCCGCUCCUCCGUCGCCGCACUUCGUCCUCCGCCUCCGCCGCGCAGCUGCCGUCGUGCAGGUAAGAAGGGGGCGAAAUGGUGAAGCACAACAACGUUAUCCCCAGCGGCAACUGUAAAAAAGAUUGGCAGAGCCAUGUCAAGACCUGGUUCAACCAGCCUGCCCGCAAGCUGAGGCGCCGCAUUGCCCGUCAAAAGAAGGCUGUGAAGAUCUUCCCUCGCCCUACCUCUGGCCCUCUUCGCCCCGUCGUGCAAUGCCAGACUCUGAAGUACAACAUGAAGGCAAGGGCUGGGAGAGGCUUUACCCUUGAGGAGCUGAAGGCAGCAGGAAUCCCAAAGAAGCUUGCUCCUACCAUUGGCAUUUCUGUGGACCAUCGUCGCAAGAACAAGUCACUUGAGGGUCUGCAGUCUAAUGUUUCUAGGCUCAAGACCUACAAGGCCAAGCUGGUUAUCUUCCCAAGGUGUGCUCGCAAGGUCAAGGCUGGCGAUUCUACCCCGGAAGAGCUUGCCAAUGCCACCCAGGUCCACGGUGACUACAUGCCAAUUACUCGUGGUGAAAAGCGCUCCGUCGAGGUCGUGAAGGUCACCGACGAGAUGAAGGCAUUCAACGCUUAUGGCAAGCUCCGUGUUGAGAGGAUGAACCAGCGGCAACUUGGUGCCCGUCUGAAGAAGGCUGCUGAGGCAGAGAAGGAAGAGAAGAAGUGAUACGAUAAUUUUGUUUCACCCUGCAGCUAGUGAAUGUUAUAAGCAAUGACUUGUUCAGAAUUUAGUUUUGGUGCUGGAAAUAGAAGACCAGCGGAUUGUGUUGAUACCUGGUACUUUUUUGCAUGCUCUGCUGUUCUACGACUUUAAUGAUUCCUAUCCUUGUGCUGUUGUUGUA